CGACCUCGCAUGACCCAAAAUGGCAGCAUCCAUAUGAAAAUAUCUAUACCUUACGUGGCACAACCGGAAUUCUUUACGUAUUUUGCGACCUCACGGCGGAUUAUCUUCUCUAAAGCUAUCACACCACAUUAGUGCAAUACUCCAACAAGUGAACAUAUUGCAACUUUGUGAACUUCAGCAUGGGAAACGCAUCGUAAUGAUGCCGACAUUAUUCAGCUGCAGCCGUCUUCUAUUCGUCUCACAUUGAAUGCUACCACAUAGUAUAAAGACGGGUGCCUAAAGAGGUGUGAUAAUCCACAAUGAAAGUGACAAGAACUUUACUGAUAGUGGGUCUGCUGAGUACCUUGCACAUCCACAUGCAGUUAACUGAAGCUCAGGGUGUACAGUAUGACCAGGCAAGAGCUCAUUCAGACCGAACUGGUGCAGGGCACAGUUCCUAUAGAGAGGAUGAUGAGGAUGACCUUUACGAUGAGGAUUUUGAAGAAGAUGAAGAAGGUAGGAAGUCUUUACCUACUGAGAAGCAGGCUCCAGCCAGUUCCCAGUCUGCAUCUCAGCCUGCCUCCCAAGCCUCAUCCCAGUCCCAGCCCCAUUCCCAGCCUGAUCCCAGACUUUCCCAGGCUCACCAGGCAGCUCAGCAUAAACCACCACCUCUACCUCCACCUCAUCAACCACCACCUGUUGAUCAUACCCAUGUCCAUCCAGCUCAGCAAGAACCUCAUCAUAAUGUACCUAGCAAACAAUCCCCCAAAGCCCAAAGUCCAGACCAGGCAGCCCAGGGAGUCCCUCCUACAGGCCAGGUUUCACCAGAUCAUGAACAAGGAAUCCCACCAUCCUUAGAAAGCUCCCACCCAUCCCAAACUGCAGAUCAUGCCUCUCAGUCUUUGCAAAGUUCUCAUUCUUCUCCUGGAAUACCUGACUCUUCUGAGGGGAACUCUGACGGGUCUCAGUCCUCCUCCUCCCACUCCUCCCAGUCGGACAUCCCUCCGCUUCAGCAGUUACCCCAAAGUUCUCAGCUCCCAGUUGGAGGACAAAGAGAAGAUGCUCAGCUUCAUCAGGGAGACACUGAUGGUGCUGGAAAGCUCUCUUCACAGGCAUUAGGAGCAGAUGAGGAAGAUGAGGAUCUGUCUGUAGAGGAGCCUUUAGAGGAAAUUGAACUCACACCAGAGGAGAAAGAAGCGGACGAAAUAUACAGACAAGGGCAAGCUUUGAUCAACGGCACAUUCUCAAAAGACUACACAAGAGCAUACAUCCAUUUCCUGAAAGCUGCUGAGAAAAACCACACCAAGUCACUGGAGCAGGUCGCCUUUGGCCAUCUGUUUGGGGACUACCUGCCUCACAAUCUGUCCCGAUCCAAGGAGAUAUUCGAAGACCUGUCUAAGAGGGGGUCUCCUACGGGACAACUGGGUCUUGGAUUCAUGUACAGUUCGGGACUUGGUGUCAAUUCGACUCAGCGAGGGUAGUCGCUGAUCUACUUUACUUUCGGAGCUCUUGGAGGGGACCCAAUGGCACAGAUGGCAAUGGGUUAUCGCUACUGGGCAGGUGUUGGAGUGGAGGCCAAAUGUGAGUCAGCCCUCACCCACUACAAGAAGGUAGCCGGCACAGUGGCCGACAGUGUGUCCCUGUCGGGCGGCCCCACAGUGCAGCGUGUCCGUCUCCAGGAGGAGAGUGAGAGUCAGACAGGCAACAGCCCCCUCCUGGAUGAUGACCUCUUGCAGUACUACCACUUCCUGGCUGACAAGGGGGACGUCCAGGCACAGGUGGUUCUAGGACAGCUGUACUACCAGGGAGGUCGAGGAGUGGCCAUCAACCAUGAGCAAGCCCUCCAGUAUUUCCUGAUGGCUGCUGAGUCUGGGAAUGCCAACGCUCUAGCCUACCUGGGCAAGAUGUACACAGAAGGGAGCCCGGUGGUGACACAGAACAACAUGACAGCCUUCCACUACUUCAAGAACGCUGCAGACAAGGGUAACCCAGUAGGGCAGACUGGCCUUGGGAUGAUGUACAUGAAUGGCAUGGGAGUGGACAAGGACUUGACAAAGGCCGUGAGAUUCUUCACCAUGGCAGCUGACCAGGGCUGGGUGGAUGGACAGCUGCAGCUAGGGAUUAUGCACUUCAGUGGUUUGGGAGUGAGACGAGACUACAAGCUGGCCGUGAAGUAUUUCAACCUGGCAUCACAAGGUGGCCAUGUGCUGGCUUACUACAACCUGGCACAGAUGCAUGCUACAGGAACAGGAGUACUGCGGAACUGCCACACAGCUGUAGAGCUGUUUAAGAAUGUUGCUGAGAGAGGCCGAUGGUCGGAGAUGUUGAUGGAUGCUCAUCGCAUGUACAAGGAAGGACAAGUAGAUGCUGCUCUCAUUAAAUACACCUUCCUCGCAGAACUCGGAUAUGAAGUAGCACAGUCCAAUGUCGCUUACAUUCUCGAUAAUGGUGAGAGUAAGCUGUUCGAGGAUUUCGAGGUGCACCAGAGGGCGCUGUUGCAGUACACACGGGCAGCAUCUCAAGGUUCCACAUGGGCGCGGGUGAAGAUGGGGGACUACCACUACUAUGGGUUUGGGACAGACAUCGACUAUGAGUCGGCAGCCAACCACUACCGCAUGGCCUCGGAGCAACAGCACAAUGCACAGGCCAUGUUCAACCUGGGCUACAUGCACGAGAGAGGCCUUGGACUCCGCCAGGAUGUACAUUUGGCAAAACGCUUCUAUGACCUGGCAGCAGAGACGAGCAUGGACGCCCAGGUUCCAGUAACCCUGGCACUGGUCAAACUUGGACUCUUCUAUGGCUUUGAUGUGUUCAACAAAGAGAUUGAGUAUUACCAAGGUAUAUUUCAACACCUGGAUCCACGGCUGUACCUGGGACCCAACUGGGAUCUCUACAUCAUUACGCUUCUAUCUCUGGUACUUGGACUUCUCAUUUUACUGCGACGUGCUAGGUAGCACAGAUAGGAAGCAAUACAUUGGCGCUGAUAACUGUAAAUUUGCAUUUUUGUACAUUGUAAAUACAUGUAAAUACUGACAUGAAAAUGAAUUACAGAUUUUAUUGUU